GUCUUCAUGAGUCUUCUUCUUCGUCCAAUUUGAAUUUUCUCCGCACACGAGAGUUGAAUUUUGAUUUUCGGCUUCUUUCUUUUUAUGGUCUCCGGUCCCUUAGGGUUUAUUCUUCUGCAGAUCUCACGAUGAGCGUUGCGAAAUCGCAAAUAUGGCAGCCAUGCAAGAAGAAGAGGACACGAGUUGGUAAGUAUGAGCUUGGAAGAACUUUGGGUGAAGGAACUUUCGCUAAGGUCAAAUUCGCUAGAAAUGUUGAGAAUGGUGAUAAUGUCGCUAUUAAGGUUAUUGAUAAAGAGAAAGUUUUGAAAAAUAAGAUGAUCGCUCAGAUCAAGCGUGAGAUUUCGACUAUGAAAUUGAUCAAGCACCCAAAUGUCAUUCGUAUGUUUGAGGUGAUGGCUAGCAAAACUAAGAUCUACUUCGUUUUGGAAUUCGUGACUGGUGGGGAGCUUUUCGAUAAAAUUUCAAGCAAUGGGAGAUUGAAGGAAGAUGAAGCGAGGAAGUACUUCCAACAGCUUAUUAAUGCGGUUGAUUAUUGCCAUAGCAGAGGAGUUUAUCAUAGAGACCUUAAGCCAGAAAAUUUGCUUUUGGAUGCUAAUGGUGCUUUGAAAGUGUCUGACUUUGGAUUGAGCGCUCUACCUCAGCAAGUUCGAGAGGAUGGGCUACUUCACACAACCUGUGGAACACCCAAUUAUGUUGCUCCGGAGGUAAUCAACAACAAAGGUUAUGAUGGAGCGAAGGCUGAUUUGUGGUCUUGUGGAGUAAUUCUCUUUGUCUUAAUGGCUGGUUAUUUACCUUUCGAAGAUUCUAACCUGACGUCAUUAUAUAAAAAGAUAUUCAAAGCAGAAUUUACUUGCCCUCCCUGGUUCUCUGCAAGUGCUAAGAAGUUAAUCAAAAGAAUUUUGGAUCCCAAUCCAGCAACGAGGAUUACAUUUGCUGAGGUCAUUGAAAAUGAGUGGUUUAAUAAAGGGUAUAAAGCACCUAAAUUCGAGAAUGCUGAUGUCAGCCUUGAUGAUGUUGAUGCAAUCUUUGAUGACUCAGGGGAGUCUAAGAAUCUUGUUGUGGAGAGGCGAGAAGAAGGACUCAAAACACCAGUAACUAUGAAUGCUUUUGAGCUCAUCUCGACAUCCCAGGGUCUCAAUCUCGGUUCACUUUUCGAAAAACAAAUGGGGCUUGUGAAACGAAAAACUCGGUUUACUUCCAAAUCUUCAGCUAAUGAGAUAGUCACAAAAAUUGAGGCUGCGGCAGCACCUAUGGGGUUUGAUGUCAAGACAAAUAACUACAAGAUGAAGCUGACAGGAGAGAAAUCAGGCCGCAAGGGUCAGUUGGCAGUUGCCACUGAGGUUUUUCAAGUUGCUCCAUCUCUUUACAUGGUUGAAAUGCGAAAAUCAGGGGGUGACACCUUGGAAUUCCACAAGUUUUACAAGAACCUUACCACGGGACUUAAGGAUAUUGUUUGGAAAACCAUCGACGAAGAGAAAGAGGAAGGAACCGAUGGUGGUGGUACUAAUGGUGCCAUGGCUAACCAGACAAUUGCAAAACAGUCGGCAUAAACUGUUUACUUUUUUUCUAAUAUAGAUUUUUUUCGUUAUAAAUUACUAUAGUAGUGCGAGUGGUUUUGAAGUUAUACAAAGGAAGCGUCAAGAAGUGAAGCAAAGCAAGUUUGAAACUAUAUUGGGGAAUGGGGAUUAUUGAUAUUUUAAUGUUGUUUGAUUCCAUGGAAUGUUGUGAAUAGCAUAUGCGUGUUGCGAGUAUCUUGAAUCGAUUGACCGGAAAGUAAAAGCUUUUCAAAUUU